AUGAAGAUUGGCGCGCGCUUAGUCAUCAAGUCUCUGACCUCAUACAUCGUAAGUGAACGAAAGCUUCACAAACUGAGCAACACUUCAUUCAGCUAUUUAUUCAUUCAUUCAUUCCACUUUCUAUUACAAGCGCUACAACAACACAGCCAAAACCACACUUAUAUGAAUAUGGCCAACUUGAACACCGGGCAGAUCAAGGCUGAACCCCUUGCCAAUCCAGGGAUCAAGGAAGAGCCUGACACGAAGGACACAAACAUGUCGGACGAGGAUAUUUAUGAAGAUACUGGAGAUCUGGAUUUCACAAAUGCUUUCCAGAAUGUCUGGCUGACGCGGAUACCUCGGAAUUUGUGGGAGCAGUGGUCUAAACUCGAUGAUGAUGAGGAAAUCCAGAUCGGCACAGUCAGGGUUGAAGGAGACCCGACAGAUAUCAAAAGAAACACAUUUGUCUUUACGGAGAAGGAUCUCCCAGGAUAUAAGGAUAAGAUGAAUCGAUUUUACAAUGAAAACCAGCCGUACGGUCGGUCUUAUCUUUACGAGCAGACAAAACGUGAUGCAAAGAAGAAAGAGCGGAAAAAGAAGUGGGAGCCCUAUGUCAGGAAGACGGUACCGAGACAAACGGCUAUCACUGCUCGGGUUCACGAUGAAUUCAACUGUCUUCCUGUUGAAAAUGAAGAAUACCAAAGACUCGCAGAAGAGCGAGCAUUGGAAUCCCUCAAACCCAAACGAGAAACCAAGUUUAUCGAGAAAGUACCUGGAAAGAUGCUUCAACCGAAGACAGUUGCUGCUGCCGACAAGUCCAAUUUUAUUCAAAUUGCGAAGCCGGCAAAAGUGCGCGCUCAGGAAAACAAAACUGCCCGUAUGCCCCAGAACGAACUUCUGGACCUUAUCUAUGCCUGUUUCCGGAGACACAAGUAUUGGCCCUUUAAGGCGCUUAAGGCUGAACUGCAGCAACCGGAAGUGUAUCUCAAACAAACCCUAGAGAUAGUGGCACAUCUGGUUAAAAGCGGCGACUUCGCCAUGACUUGGGAGUUGAAGCCCGAGGCAAGGGAAAGUAAUUAUGCAGACGCCAUCGCGUAUAGGGACGCGAAGGAAGAAUUACCCCCAACGGCUGGGUACAGCUUUGAUGAAGGGUCAGAAGGAGAACCCACUGCAUCUGGCAGAGGGACUGAUGCGGAUGAGGAUGACAAUGUGAAAUUUGAAAAUGUGUGA